AUGAAUCGUUAUUGUGGAUUGCUGUUACUUUCACUCUUAGCUUGCGAUUCCUACAAAUUCCUUGUAUAUUCGCCAAUUUUUGGCUAUUCUCACACGAAUUUCAUGGGCGCCAUCGCGGAUACGCUGACUGAAGCAGGACAUAACGUGAAAGCAAAACUCGUUAAGACACUGUUGAUGCCAGUUAUGGAUUAUGAGCAACAGGACAAAACUGGAGUGAAACUCUCCAAGAAUAUCAUCAAGGUCCCAGCUGAUCCAGAAGUGAUCGAAUUGAUGCGAUAUAAAGGAGAAAUGCUGAGCAAGAUAUGGUCUAUGGAACCUAGUCUUUUCGGACUAAUGCAGAUGGCAGACAAUAUGACAAAGUCAUUCACAUACCAAUGUAGAAAAAUAUACAACGAUGAGAUAUUAUUGAAGCAAUUAGAGGAGGAAAAAUUCGAUGUUGGCAUUGCUGAAACAUUUGAAUUCUGCGGUUUUGGAGUAUUCGAACUUGCAAAAAUCCCUUCAACAAUAGCGACGUUUUCCUCAGUACACAUGGAUGUCGUAUCCGAAGCUAUUGGAGAGCCAAUAGCCCCUAGUUACGUACCUGGGGCGAUGGCUACGGCAGGAGAUCGGAUGAACAUCGUUGACAGAUUCAAGAACAUCUUGGACGUCGUGUUUGGAAAGAAAUUCUUCGAGAGCGUCUUUAUUAGCCAAGCUGAAGCCUUUCGGAAGAAAUUCGGUGAAGAGUUCAGAAGUUAUAAGGAACUACUUCCAGAAGCUUCAUACGUAUUUACCAACUCCAAUCCUUAUCUUGACUACCCUCGGCCAAUGCUUCACAAAACUGUACCAAUCGGUGGAGCUGCAGUGUCGUUGGAUCCUAAAAAGAACAAACUUCCAGCGAAGUGGGAUGCUGUUCUCAAUGAGCGCAAUACAACUGUCUUGGUAUCUUUCGGAUCAGUGGCAAAAGCGAUCUACAUGCCUGACAUAUAUAGGGAUUCCUUACUGAAGGUUUUCGAAAGUAUGCCAGACACGACCUUUAUCAUGAAGUAUGAAGAGGAGGGAUCAAAAAUAGCAGAUCAUCUUCCGAAUGUUCAUCUGAGCUCGUGGUUUCCACAAAAUGCCCUCCUUGCUGAUCCUCGCCUCACCGUCUUUGUCACUCAUGGAGGACUUGGCAGCACCACCGAGCUAGCACAUCAGGGAAAACCAGCUAUUCUUAUUCCCCUCUUUGCGGAUCAACCGAGAAAUGCGCACAUGCUCGCUAAACAUGGAGGAGGUAUCGUCUUGACCAAAUUCGACUUGGAGAGUCCACACAAACUGAGAGAGAGCCUACUUAGAAUUUUCAACGAUGCCAGUUUCUCUCAAAACGCUAAACGGUUAGCGGAAAUGCUGCUGAACCAACCUAUCAGCGCGAAACAGCUUGUCAUACGACACAGUGAAUUUGCGGCUAAAUUUGGCCGUCUACCCAAUCUGGAUCCAUAUGGACGACAUCUUUCAUUCAUACAAUAUUAUCUUCUUGAUGUUAUUUUUGUUGUUAUGAGCGUUGCUCUUCUUAUUGUUUACAUUAGCACAAAGCUUCUCAGAAAAUGCUUCUCAUUAGCAUUAAAGGUGAAGAAAGAUUAA